GAAUCAUAACGAUGCAGAUUAACAAUUUAACCAUAAACAAGUGUUACCAUUAAACUACAUAGGAUCACAGGAAGCUCAAGUAAAACAACGUAACCAUGGAUGAAAUCAACAUGGCCUGUACAAGCUUAGAGGACUGUGGAGCCCAUAAUACUCAAAUUGACCCCCUCCAAGACCUCGGCAACGAAAUCCUACAGCUGCUCUGCACCAGACUAAAUGACGACUGCAUCAUGACGAUGCAGGAAGGGCUGCGGCUCAUGCAGAGGAGCUCGUACUACUUGGAAAUCCAAGGUGAUGAUUUGCCACCAACAGCAGAUGAGCAGCAGCAAACUGUACAUUCGUAUAACAGCACGGUGUGGUCGCUCGUUGACCAGCAGAGGCUGCGGCGUGCAAUGACCCUUGCAAAAACCCAGGUGAAACUCCACCUCACUUUUCUGGGACUGCUCUUUGAAGAAAUCAUCAGGGGCAGUCAGGAGUUGGAGGCCUUUGUCCUAAAUUACAACCGGGGUUUGGUAGACAGUGACAUUGCAGCUCCCACACAGGAGAGGCUCCACCAAACCCACCAGUACCUGAAUGCCUUUGAGAGCAGAUUAAAUUGGAAACUUGGCCCGCUGGACCUGCAGAACCAGCUCAUCCAUAACACAGGCGGCCUCCCCAUACAACUGCUCAGUGUAUCACUGGCCAAGAAGAUGCCGGUUAUAUUUAAUCGGUUUGAGACUCGCACGACAUCCAACAAUGUACAUCUGUGUUGGGAAGUUGCAUGUGAGCAGUCUCAGGAGUUGAACCAAGAGUUUGAGAUCCACGUAAAGAGUUUUCAUCCAACAAUUGCUGAAUAUUGCCAGUUUACUAAAUCUACAUGCAAGUCGUACAACAUAGAGGUCAACAACCUAAUACCUGACAGGUAUUAUAAGUUCUCUGUCAAGAGAGUAGAUUCUGUAAACCUGGUGUAUGGACUGUGGGUUGAUACCCUCAUCCUGAAGACCUUGGAUAUUUCCAAGUCAGAGCAAGCUGUCUCUAAUUGAACAUAGAGCAUGAAGAAAAAUUCACAGCCUGUGUAUACGUACAAAGAGAAAUAUAUUUGAGAUGCUUUUUUGAAAAUAAAAUACCUUGUAGGAUUU